AUGCACGCUCCGGGGGACAUAAUCAUCGGGGGACUUUUCCAGAUUCACUCAGAAGCUAACAAAAGCGCGAUUCCUGUUCCUUUGGUCUGCUCUGGCCAUGACUUCGAAACGCACCUACAAGCUCAAGUGAUGAUAUUUGCCAUCCAAGAAAUUAACCAGCGCAAACCAAAGGUUUUGCCCAACUUUACCCUUGGAUAUGACAUAUAUGACACGUGCGGAGAUGUAAGGUUUGCCAUCAGAAGCACGCUUCAGCUCUUGAGGGGCCCUACAGAUCCUCAGAGCUGUUCUUCGCUUGGAGACUACCCCUCUGUUCUACCUGAACCACAUGCAAAAGUCGUGAUCGGGGAGAGGCAUUCAGAAGUGUCUAUAGCUGUUGCACGAAUAUUGGCUCUGGCAUCAGUUCCCCAGAUAAGUUAUGGAUCAACCAGUGAGCUACUCAGCAGGAAGUUAAAGUUUCCCACCUUUCUACGCACAAUCCCUAGUGAUGCACAUCAGGUAGAGGCCAUCGCUAAGCUGGUGAAGCGGUUCAACUGGCAAAUAGUGGCCGUUAUUGGAAGCGAUGAUGAAUAUGGCAAGUACGGCAGCGAACACCUGAUUGACCUCUUCAGCGGGAACCAGUGCAUCGACUUCAAGAUGAUCCUACCUGGUUACUUUAUGUCAAACAAGACGAAGACCCGUGACAAGCUAGCCGAGCUGAUGAACCUGAUCAACCAGUCCUCUGCCGAGGCCAUCAUCCUUUUCACCAAGGAGUCCAACGUCAAAAUUAUCAUGGAGGCGGCUGUUCAAAUGAACAUCAACAGGACUUUGAUUGCGAGCGAUUCAUGGUCCACUUCCCAUAAGAUCUCAGAGAUGCCUGGCAUCGAGAGGGUCGGCCAGGUGUUUGGUUUCAUCUCCAAGAAAAACGAAGUGCCUGGUUUUGAAGACUAUGUCAAGUCGAUGAUUAACAGUACAACCAACACCUUUUUGAAGGAUAAUUUGAUGCAUUGCUCACCUUGCUCCAGUCCUUCAACCAGCCGAAAUGGGUCCAUGCCAAGCCAGAGGCGGUCGUGUCUGGACCCUCGGUGCUUGGUGAGUUACAUUGACCAGGAUGAAUCGUACAAUAUCUACCUAGCCGUCAGAGUUAUCGCCGAGGGACUGAGAAGAUUGCUGAAGUGUGAUAGCGAAAAAUGUGAACGCAGCGCCGAUUUUACAGCCUUGGAGCUUUUUAGGGAGAUCAAGAACGUCGACUUCACCGUCAACAACGUCACACACAUGUCCUUUGAUGAUAAUGGCGACCCCACUAUAGGAUAUGACAUUGUCAAAUGGGACAUGGCCGCAUCGAAUCUACGUAUAAAAACCAUUGGAGAGUAUCGGCCGUCUGGGGAGAUCAUCCUUCAAGAGCAUCUUGACCAUCUUAUUAGAGAAAGCUGCAAUGUGACGGUAACUGCUUACAACUGCUCUAAAACCUGUCAACCGGGAUUUGAAUUAAAAAAGAAAAGAGGGGAACCCUGCUGUAAGGAAUGCAUUCGUUGUCGUAAAGGACAUUAUUCCACUGGAAAAGGUAUGGAGUGUGAGCAAUGCAAGGAAGAUCAAUAUACACCUCUGCAGAGACACAGGUGCCUGGAAAAACCUGUGGUGUUCCUCACGUGGUCAGACCCCUUCAUUAUAGCCAUAUUAUUAUUUGAAAUGUUGGGCAUUGUUGCCACCCUCCUAGUGGCCAUUUUGUUUAUGGUCUAUCGACGGACCCCCAUUGUGAAGGCUGUUGGAGGCCACUGGUGUUUCGUGGAGCUUUUGUCCCUGCUCGCCUGCUUCUGCCUCAUCUGUACGUUUACUGGGAAGCCUACGAAGCUGUCCUGUGCAGCAGGCUUGCCUGUGUUCGGCAUGACCUUCACCCUCUGCGUCUGCUGCAUUCUGGCCAACCUCCUCCAAAUCUUAGCGGGCUUUAGUUUUAAUAAGAGGCUGGGAAACUGGCUGAAGAGACUCAACCAGCCCUUGGCUGUGGUGGCAAUCCUCUCUGGGGUCCAGGUGGCCUUGUGUGCAGUUUGGCUCAUCUGUCGCCCACCUUUCCCAUUUUCGCAACCCAUCAACAAAGAGAUAAUUCUGGGUUGCAAUAAAAACUCCCGUGUGUUUUUCAUUGCCAUGUUAGGCUAUAUUGCUCUGUUGGCAUUGACCUGUUUUUUGUUUGCAUUCAAAGGAAAGCGGUUGCCAGAUCUGUAUAAAAAUGCCAGCUUCGUUACCAUCAGCAUGCUGCUUUUUCUGGUGGUGUGGCUCAUCUUCAUUCCCAUCUACAUCAGCAACAAGGCUGAGAAAUACACGCGGGCUUUAGAGGCUGCUGCCAUUCUGGUUUCCAGCUACAGCAUCCUCUGCUGUCACCUAGCCCCAAAGUGUUACAUCAUGGUGUUCAGGAAAGAGAUAAAUGAUGAAAACGCCAUCACCAAUUAUAUCAAGAAGCAUUUUGAACAGAAAGGGAUGACGGUGGCUAAAACAUAG